GCUUCAACCUACAAUCCAGAUUUAGCUUCAUCCUACAGCCCUAAUUUCCUGUUAUCUAGCUAAAAUGCCAUUAAUGACUUUUGGAAAAAUGUUAACACAGUAGAGCUUUCAUUUCUUUAAGUGUUUUUACACAGAGUUGCAUGCAGCCUUGAUUUUUAAGCUUUUUUUUUGUAGUCUUUACAAAAAUAAAAGGAACAAACGAAAAAUCUGUUUUUUUUAUCGCCACAAAACCAACAAAAAAAUUUCAACCAUGUUGUCAUUGACAUUGUUGAGAAACACCUGCUCAUCGUCAGCAUCAGCAUCAUCAUCAUCAUCACCGCCAGUAUUAAAAUCAUCAUGCUCUUCGUUAUCAUCAUUAUCAUGUUCUUUUAUAAAAUCUGUGAUCUUUAUACUUGUUAUAUUAACAAGUGCCCGUGGCCUGCAACCCUCGAUUUUGGGUGUUCAUUUUGAGCGUUCUCCCGAAUCGGCUGUUGCUCCCAAAGGUGAUGAGGUGGUAUUUGAAUGUGAAGUGAAUUUGGCGCCGGAUAGAUUGGAGUGGAAAUUUCGACAUUCAAGCAAUCGCACGGUGGAUGGCAGUAAAUUUAUAUAUUUGUCACAGGAGAAUGGCUACAACAUCACCAAAGUCGAUCGCAUUUCCAUGCUGCGCAUAUUUGUACAGCCCGAAUCACUGGGCGAUUAUCAGUGUGUGGCCUGGUAUGGUUCCGCUGCCAUAGCCUCUCUAUCGGCUCGUCUUACUCUAGUCUCCAUAUCCAUAAACAAUUCCAAUGGCUAUUCGCGUAAUGCCAAAAUCUAUAAUGUGGCGCCGAAAAAUUGUGUGCUUUUAAGAUGUGGCACCGUCAGCUCCAAUCCAGCCGCCAUAUGGAGUUUUUAUCGUAAUGGUGAAAAGUUGCCACAAACCGAAAUAAUACCCACAAAUGGGGCAUUAAUUUUGAAUACGGUAACAGCUAAAGACUCUGGCAAUUAUACCUGUUCGGCCAUGAAUCCCAUAACGGGACAGGAAGUAAAAUUACCUCAACGCAUUGACUUGAGGGUGGACUAUACAGAUCGUAAUCCUCCUUAUUUCCUAAUACCACCUGUCAAUAUAGUUACCGCUAGACCAGGAGACAUGGUGGUCUUAGAAUGUCCGGGUGUGGGUUCUCCACCACCCGUGGCCGUCUGGAGUUCUCCCAAUAUAGUGAAUAUGAGCAAUAAUAAUCGCACACGUCUAUUGCCUUAUGGCUUACAAAUAAACGAUGUUAUGCCCGAAGAUCAGGGUUCCUAUGUGUGUCGUUUGGAUAAUGGUAUAGCUCCAGCUUUGGUGCAUAUUAUUAAGUUUACUGUUUUGGAAAAGCCCACUAUCCUAAGAGGACCCGCUAGCACGGUAACAAAUGAAAGUUAUACUUUGGAAUUGGAGUGUUCGGCCACCGGUAAUCCUUAUCCCGAUAUCUAUUGGCUUAUCAAUGGCAUAGAUACUUCCAUGGAUGAGGAAAUGUUACACGAUGGCCGACGUUUGGUUAUACAGCAUGUUCAGAAGAGACAUGCUGGCAUUGUGCAAUGUUUUGCCAAAAAUGAAGUAGGAGAGACCAGCAAAGCUAAUCCCUUGAAAGUUAAUCCCAAACAAAUACAUGGUUCCUCAACGCCUUUGGGCAAUGUACCCACCAAAGUCUACGAACAUGUGGGCAAUCACAAGACCAAGGGCAAGACGAAGAAGCAACCUAAAGCCACCAUGAUCCCUCCCUCUCGCCCCAAUGUCACCCGGCUUUCCGAUGACUCUGUUAUGCUGCGCUGGUAUAUGCCCAAAAACGAUGGCCUGCCCAUACAAUUCUUUAAGGUCCAGUAUCGCAUGCUGGGCGAUGCUGCCCGCACUAUACCCCGAGAAAAUUGGCAAACCACCAACGAGGAUAUACGCUACAAUAAAAUGGAUCGCAAUAAUGAGGGCUAUAAAAACUUUACCUCUUCCGUGACCGGUUUGAAACCUGAUCGUUUCUAUCGUUUUAGAAUAAUAGCAGUGUAUUCAAAUAACGAUAACAAGGAGGGAAAUACUUCUUCAAAAUUUUUCUUAAGACGAGGUGAAGAUUUGGAUUUAUCAAAUUUACCCGUGCCUGAAUUACAGCGCAUAGAAGCUUUGUCUGAAUCGGCCGUCAUGCUGCAGUGGUCUUUGGCUCAUAGUUCUUCGGCGGCCACAGAAGUUGAUGGUUUUUAUGCCUACUAUAGGCCAGCCUCGUCGGCUGGUGAGUAUCUCAAGGCCACCGUAGAUGGCAUGCAGACCAGAAAAUUCAAAAUAGACAUGUUGGAAGCGGGCACUACCUAUGAAUUCAAAUUGCAGUCGUUCAAUGAAAUGGCCGCCUCGGAAUUCAGUGCCAUUGUGCAAGGCCAUACAAAAAAAUCUCCCACUACUCCCGCCCCGGCUUUGCCUUCCAUUGAGCCAGCUGCUAAUAACAAUGAGGAGGACAAUUCUAUUUACCCCGUGGUGGCAGGAGCUGCUGGUGGCGGCUUUCUUUUGCUAAUAGCCUGCAUUACAGCCUGCCUGUGCGUGAAAAGACGUAAAAAUUCCCAAGCUCAAGUGGAAGAAAAUAAACCGCAAUUGGAUCAUAUACAAGCUGAUUUUGUAGCACCCCAAGUUAUGGGUGUUAACAAUCAUCACAAGGCCAAUCAUCGUUUGAAUGGUGUCUUGCCACGCAUGAAUAUCACACCAAAUCCUUUGGCCCAGGAGGCUGAUAAGGGUAUUCAUCAUGCUCAACCUUACUACCAGACACCACCCACUCCCACUUUAAUGGCCAAAAGGGACUAUCAACAGCCACCGCCCGUGCCACCACAUCAAAACAACAAUCACACUUCUAUGGCCGCCAUGAAUCAUCAUCAACAUCAUCUGCCACCCACGGGUCAUCAAGCUCCCCUAACGCCCUGUUUAGAUCAACAGAGACGUACACUAGACCGCAGUGUACGUAAUUUACCCUAUAGCCAGAAUAACUCGAAUAUGGCCAACAAUCAUGAGGCUAACAUGAAUUUGGAGGGUCUUACAACACGCAUACCUUCUCUACGAAGGACACGGCGAACUUCUGGCGGCAGCUCUAAUAAUGGUGUGGUCAAUUCCAUGUCCAGUAAUCCCAAUGGAGGUCUGGGUAUACCCAUUGCUGUGGCCGCCGGCAGUCCAAGAGUUCAACGUUCGCCUAUGCCCGCCCGGGCGGCCAUGAUGAAACAACGCUCUCGUUUGGGCAGUCAUAAUGACAAUAUCUCCUCGGGCAGUCUCAACAGUAUUGAAGUGUGAUGUUAAAGCGUGUAGCCAGUAAGAGGUAAGAGAAGAGAGUAAGUUAGGCCAAGAGUUCAGAAGUUUAGAAGUUAGUUAAUUUUUGUUUUCCUUUAUUUUUAUAGUAAUGAAUAACAGACUAUUAAGUUUUAAUUAUUUUAAUGUAAUUACAUAAUAAAUUUGAAUGUAAAUAAUUUAGUUUUAAGUUUAAGAAAUCGAUUAGAAUUAGGUUGACAGUUAA